CAGAAGCUAUUUAUUUAUCUAUCGGUACCCUGCCAAAUUUGUCAUAUAAAAUGUUUGUGAAAACCCCCAAGUAUCAACUGAAAGGAGAGUGAUUGGAAGCAACAGCUGAACGUGAUGAAUGCCUUGAAUGCUUUUGGAAUGGCCAUUGGCUGGAUGGACAUUGUGGGAGUUCUGUUCUUCGAAAUGAUAAUGUUCUAUAUGAUGCGACGUCGUCGAUUGGCACAAAAAACCGAAAUCGUUUCGAUUGAGGCGCAAGUGAAGUGCCACAGAGAUUCACUGCCCAGUCUCCUCUGCAGGAAAAAGCUGAGCGAGAGCGAAAACCUUUGGAUAUUCUGGGGCUACCUGUUGAUGCUGAAUGUCUGGAUUGGGGUUACACUGCUCAUGAUAGCUGGCAUCUCAUUGCAAAAGCCGGAGCUUAUGGUAUUUUGGUUGAUAUGGUGCGCCUGUGGCUUGGUCUUCGAUGUCUUCCUCAUUUUGUGGUGGGUCUACGAACUUUUCGUGGGCGACGCCAUCGAAGCACUGACCAACAUUUUGAUCUCCCUGCUGACCAUGGCAAUUGAGUUUGGCUUCAUCUAUGUUAUCUACACCAUCUUCUUGAACUUGACCAAUGCCAGCAGAGAUGAAGGCGCCAAAGUGGCAGAGAAAUCUAAAUAUGCCUUCAUGAUGAUUUCAGAUCAGAAGCGAUAAAUUCCAACAUGUUUCUGUUAAAUUAAU